ACUGACUCCUGCAUUUCCAGUAAAAAGAAACUAAUAUUGUGAUUUCACAAGAGAAGAGAAAGGGAGAUCUUGAAGUCAGUCAAAGAGAGUGAAACAAAAGCCAGACAGAGCCUUCUGACAGAGAAGAGUGAAUGCUUAGGGCUGGUAUAUGGCUGGAACCAUCUACGCCAUGAACGGCUUCAUGGCCUUGGUCCUCAUCUGGAUGAUGAUAGCGUGUGCUGAAGGAGACAAGCCUCUUGGAGAGGCAGGUACGACUGGAUUUCAAAUAUGCAAGGAUGCCCUGAAACUACCUGUCUUGGAGGUCCUACCAGGAGGAGGCUGGGAUAACCUGAGGAAUAUAGACAUGGGACGGGUGAUGGACUUGACAUACACCAACUGUCAGACCACAGAAGAUGGACAGUACAUCAUCCCCGAUGAAGUCUAUACUAUUCCUCAGAAAGAGAGCAACCUGGAGAUGAACUCAGAAAUCCUGGAAUCCUGGAUGAAUUACCAGAGCACCACCUCAGUUUCUAUCAACACAGAACUCUCCCUUUUCUCCAAAGUCAAUGGCAAGUUCUCUACUGAGUUCCAAAGGAUGAAGACCCUUCAAGUAAAGGACCAAGCUGUAACUACCAGGGUUCAGGUAAGAAACCGGAUCUACACUGUCAAAAACACCCCAACUUCAGAGCUCAGCUUGGGGUUUACAAAGGCACUUAUGGACAUCUGUGACCAACUAGAGAAAAACCAGACGAAGAUGGCCACCUACCUGGCAGAACUCUUGGUCCUCAACUAUGGCACACACGUAAUCACCAGUGUGGAUGCAGGGGCAGCACUGGUUCAGGAGGAUCACAUAAGGUCCUCCUUCCUGCUGGACAAUCAGAACAGCCAGAACACUGUGACGGCCUCUGCUGGGGUUGCCUUCUUGAACGUUGUAAACUUCAAAGUGGAAACAGAUUAUGCUUCUCAGACCUCUUUGACCAAGAGCUACCUGUCCAACAGAACCAACUCCAGGGUGCAGAGCUUUGGAGGGGUUCCCUUCUAUCCAGGCAUCACCUUAGAAACCUGGCAGAAGGGCAUCACUAACCACCUAGUGGCAAUAGACCGCGCUGGCUUGCCUCUGCAUUUCUUCAUUAAGCCUGACAAGCUGCCAGGCUUGCCAGGUCCCUUGGUGAAGAAGCUGGCGAAGACAGUGGAAACUGCUGUGAGACACUACUACACUUUUAACACUCACCCUGGCUGCACAAACGCUGACUCCCCCAACUUCAAUUUUCAAGCCAAUAUGGACGAUGAUUCGUGUGAUGCGAUAGUAACCAACUUUACCUUUGGUGGAGUUUAUCAGGAAUGCACUGAACUGUCAGGCGAUGUUCUUUGCCAAAACCUAGAGCAGAAGAAUCUGCUCACUGGUGAUUUCUCUUGUCCCUCUGGCUACACCCCUGUCCAUCUGCUCUCUCAGACCCAUGAGGAGGGUUACAGUCGCCUGGAAUGUAAAAAGAAAUGCACCCUCAAGAUUUUCUGUAAGACAGUGUGUGAAGAUGUGUUCCGAGUGGCCAAGGCUGAAUUUAGAGCUUAUUGGUGCGCAGCCACUGGCCAAGUACCUGACAACUCAGGACUUCUCUUUGGAGGAGUCUUCACUGACAAGAGCAUCAACCCUAUGACAAAUGCGCAGUCAUGCCCAGCAGGCUACAUUCCACUGAACCUGUUUGAAAGCCUCAAGGUAUGUGUGUCCCUGGAUUAUGAGUUGGGGUACAAGUUUUCAGUCCCCUUUGGUGGGUUCUUCAGUUGUAUAAUGGGGAACCCCUUGGUUAAUUCUGAUACUGCCAAAGACAAAGGAGCACCAUCUCUGAAAAAGUGUCCCGGGGGCUUCAGCCAACAUCUAGCUGUUAUCAGUGAUGGAUGCCAAGUGUCCUACUGUGUCAAGGCUGGAAUCUUCACAGGAGGGACUCUGCUCCCUGUCAGACUCCCACCUUAUACCAAACCACCCCUCAUGAGCCAAGUUGCCACCAACACUGUCAUAGUGACCAGUAGUGACACUGCCAGAUCCUGGAUUAAGGAUCCUCAGACCAAUCAGUGGAAGCUGGGAGAGCCUCUGGAGCUUCGUAGAGCCAUGACAGUCAUCCAUGGAGACAGUAAUGGAAUGCCAGGAGGGGAAGCUGCUGGAAUCACUUUGGGAGUCAUCAUAGCCCUAGGAGUUGUCAUCACUUUGGCCAUCUAUGGUACUCAGAAGUACAAGAAAAAGGAUUAUCAGGAAAUUGAGGAGCAAGAGAGUUUGGUUGGAAGCUUAGCAACAGAUGCAUCAGUCCUUAAUGGAGAACAGGAUCCAAGUCCAGCUUAAUUGUCUCCAAAGGAAACAGUUUCCAGCCAUGGCUUUAAGUACAUCUUUUGCUUUGUUUUCUCUACUUCUGCCUUCCUAAGUGACUGAAGUGACAGUUGCAAUAGGAAGGAAGCAGGUAUUACAACCCUGGGAGUAUUUUCUUAGGCCUCUGCACCAGAAAAUCAAAGGAGCCAUUUUAAGUGAGGUGUGGGGAGGGGUAUGAUUCAUUUGCAAAAAGCUGGACUGUGACUAAGCCUCGAGGUGUGUGUGUGUGUGUGUGUGUGUUUGUGUGUGUUCUCAUAGUUGUCUUUACCUGAAUGCACUUGUGCGAAACAAGGGGAGGUGGAGAAGUGGGAUUUGGAGAUUGUGCAUUUAGUCUGAAUUUGAAAGGCUUUCCAGUUUGUGAGCUGAAGAAGUUUGUGCUUUAAGUACGCUAUUUCUUUUCUCUUGUUUCAAAGAGGCAAACAUGGCCCUGAAAUGCCACAGGAGUCUUGCAUGUGGUGUUGAUUGACAGUGUCCUCCCCCAUGAGUCACCUCACAGGCAUGUGAGAAGGAGAGGUGGGUGGGGUUUACAAAAAUUCCGCUUCCCAACUUCCUCACAGCUAAUCUAGGUCAGUCUUGGGCUUCUGAACAGUGCGAACAAGUCCUCAGGGAGAAAAUUAUAUAUAUAUAUAUAUAUAUAUAUAUAUAUAUAUAUAUAUAUAUAACACUUAUAAAUUUCUGUUAGGGGGUGAAGGAUGAAGAAAAAGUAAGGAAACGAGUAAUACAUUAAGAAUGAAAAUUGGGGUUCUGGUGACGAUGUGAGUAUUCUAGGAAAUUUUGAAUUCUUAGAUCUGUCAAUUAACAGGGUUAUAAAUGAAGAACUAAACAGAGCUCUAGUUUGGACAAAUCAAUCAGUAUGGCUUCAUGUUCAUGUGUCACGUCUCCUUCUUCUCUACAGACAGUCUUGAUCCUUGUCUCCCCUCCUCAGCUGAGGGUGCAGAGAGAUAUACACACACACACCUUACACGGCAGCAGGAAGCUUUUAUUUUCUUAGGGGUGAAAAAUGCGCAAGUCACAAUGAGCCUGCACUUAAAUACUACUUCCUGAAACUGAAGCUAUGGAGACAGCGGUGCCUUCUGCCUGUUAGGAUUUGCUUUUUUCACAGUGCUUGGAAGAGGGGUGGGGUGAUUAAAAACAAAACAAGAUUUAUGUCACAAAGUUAGUUGGAAAGGGCCGUGAUAUGUAUUUCAGAUCCAGGGUGGCUUUUGUGCGGCGUCUGGAAGGCUGCAUGACUGACACCAGACAAUAGUUGAGGUUUUGCUCAGUUUUCAUAUCUGAACAUUUAAUUCUCCACAACAUAAAAAUUCCCUUACAGCUGUCUUAGAAAUCAUGUAUCUAUUCACCACAGCACAUCAGUGAGCUCGCUUCUGUGAAAGACCAUGCGUUCUCUCUUUAAUAUUUACAAUCAAGCGCUUGUGCACAGUAGGCCCUCCUGAAGAGCUCCACGUGUCUCAGCCUCCAGGAACAGGGGGAGAAUCCCUCAUUCAUUUCUAAUCGAGAUACAGAGAGGAAUGAAUGACUGAAUUUGAACUCUGCCCUACCAAGAGGCUGAUUGCAAAACCUCUCCAUCAAACCUGCCUCUUGAGCACUAAAAUGUUCUCCUUAGCCUCUGUGUCCUUUGUGGGUUUGGGAUAUGUUUUAAUGUUUCAUUGAAGCUAGUCACCUUUCAGAAAAUACUGGCUUCCUUCUGUGAAUUCUUUACUGAGUCUGCAAUGCAAGGCCUGGGAGAAGACUCCCAGACCUUUAAUGCAGACACUUCCUGUUGAAGUUUUUAAUAGUGGUUCCAUAAACAUGUAGCUCUACUAACAAAAAUGUGUGUAAAUGGGCAUUAAACUGUGUACUCGGCAAAA